CUUGUUGAACAUUAUAUACGUACCCAUGCCUUAUUUGAUAAUACGUACAUCUAAACCAUAAAGUAGUUGGUAGGCAUUGAUAACACACAUACACAAUAAAUGCACCCAUGAUAAUGCAUAGCCAAGCCAUCCCUCUAUCCAUCUAUAUAAUAUAACAACCUCAUCUCUCAACUGCAUUCAUUCAUUGAGAGAAGAUGUCUCUAGUAACAGACGCGAUCAGAGCGGCGGCGUCGGAGAUGUACCACGGCGACGAUAUCUGCCGGGAGAAGUCGAAGCAGCUCCUGACGGAGAUGGGGCUGCCGAACGGGCUCCUGCCGCUCAAGGACAUCGUGGAAGUCGGGUACGUGAAGGAGACCGGGUUCGUGUGGCUGAUUCAGAAGAAGAAGUGCGAGCACCGCUUCGAGAAGAUUGGGAAGCCCGUGCAGUACGCCACGGAGGUCACCGCCUACAUCCAGCCCAACCGCAUCACCAAGCUCACCGGCGUCAAGGCCAAGGAGCUCCUGCUCUGGGUCGUUCUUAGGGAGAUCUACGUCGACGUUCCUCCCACCGGCAAGAUCACCUUCAAGACCCCCACCGGCCUCUUCCGCACCUAUCCUGUCGACGCCUUCCAGCUUCAAGACGACAACAAUAACAACAAGAACGAGAACGCGAAUGAGAAGGAGAAGGAGAAGAAGCCCGCCGUUGAAAUAAAACCCACCGUUGAAGUCAAGGAGGUUUGAAUUUGAUUAGUGUCACAACUCGAAAUAUAUUGGACUUGUGCUGUUAAAAUAUGCCUAUGCUUUGAUUACUUUUAUAUAACAUGAAUUCUCGGUUUUCAUUUUUA